CAAUAUGUUCCAGUAAAAUUCCAACAACUGCUACAUAGCCCAUUAAUUUUACGAUUGUCCUCCUUGAAAUCCUGUCUGUGCGCAUUUCUUUCUUAAGUUGCUCCUGACCUUCUAAAAUGGUCACGCCUGGGUUCUGGAAUGUGUUUAUACUGGUAGUUGUUGCUGGUCAACUGAAGAAGGCAGUGGGUGUGCUUCACCAUAACAGACACGGACGCGUUUCUUCGGGAAAAGAUAUUCAACACCUGACGAAUGGGUGCACAGUUACUCCCAAAGAGUACAACAUUAAUCUCGAUGACGACCCCCAUCAUCGAUGGGACCAAGUGUUGAAUGACUUUCCCAUGACACAGGAGGACACCGUGGCGGCGAUCACUUUGCUGCUCCAAGAAAUGGGCCUGUCGCCAAAAAUGCUGCCAUAUUUAACAAAAAUCGCCAAAUUCAUCCAUAAGGAAUUACCGCAGCCAUAUCGUGACGAAAUACAGGGAAUUGCUGGCAAGACGAACACGGAUGUCGGUUUGGUGACAAUGCUGAACAUUGGAUACGAUUUAUCUGCUUUUUGCACAAGCAUCGUAGCAACGGACGCAAACGGAGACAUUUGGCACGCCCGAAACCUGGAUUACAAUUCAACCUCGCAGCUUCGCAACACGACGAUCACCGUCAAUUUCCAGCGAAAUGGAAAGACCCUAUUCUCCGGAGUUACAUUUGCCGGUUAUAUUGGUCUGGUCACCGCCAUCAAACCGAAUGCUUUCACCAUGAGCAUCGACGAGCGUGAUGUUGGAGCUUUCAUAGAUAACAUCCUUGAACUGCUUGAUCCUAAGGUCUCCCUUCUGGGCUUUGAUCUACGAGAGCUAAUGGACAAAGCCAAUUCGUACUCAGAAGCAGUGGCAUUCGUCUCCAGCUUGCACAUGCCGGCCCCUGUUUACGUUAUACUGGGUGGACUGAAGGGAGAUGAAGGUACCGUUGUGACACGUAGCCGGAGAUCCGCUAUUGAUAUUUGGCCGUUAAGCACGGCUAAGGGCAGAUGGUACCUAGUGGAAACAAAUUACGAUCAUUGGAACAACCCUCCCUGGUGGGAUGACCGCAGGACACCGGCGGAACAAUCCAUGAACGCAACAGGACAGAAUGCUAUUGGGAAGAUGACAAUGUUCAACGUACUCAGUACACCCAAAGUCUUCAACCAGUAUACAGUAUACACCACCGUUAUGAGUGCUUCAAGACCCAACGAGACACAGACAUGGAUAAGGUGCUAAGGAAAAGCAAGACGUCUUCAAAGAAAACACCACAUAAUUAACUAGAGCGACCCGUUGAUUUGCCAACAUUACAGCUGAAGAUGUACUGAGAGGCAGUAUGUUACAAGACAGACAGUAUCUGUAAGAUAAUCGUCAAUAGUGUCAUUAGAAAGUACAAUGAAUUCUUCAAAUUUUCAUUUGAUCCUCCAUAGAACUGCCAAUAAAGUUCCACUGUUCUUAUGGGAUGAUACGGCUGGUGCUGAAGUUUUGUGCACCGCUGGCGAAUUCUUGGUUAAAUAUAUUUUUGAUUUG